AUGAUAGAUAUACCGGAUUCAAUCCUAGAGCAAAUUUUUAUUUAUUUGAAUUGGAAUGAACGUUCGCGAGCUGCUCGUGUGUGUAGAAAGUGGUAUAGUGUAUUUCAAUCUCCCGUUUUGUGGAGAAAAAUCGUCUUUAAGCCACCGUGUCGUCGACUAACAAAACUUCAGUAUGAUAUUAAAGGCUAUCGUUUGUCUUGUUGUUUAAAGGCGAUUGGUUGGCAUAUUCGCAACUACAAGUUUUUGAAAAGUGAUGACUUGUUUCUACUUAAUCGAACGUUGAAUCUUGUUGCAAAGUUUCUUGAAUACAGUUUCAAAUUAGAUGUGCAGAAGAAUGAACCUAAUAAUGCGUGCGAUUCAGAUGGCAAUGAACAUAGUGACGUACCUAAAGAAAUCGAAAAUUUUUCAUAUGAAAAUCUGAACCGUAAUGUAAUGCAUGAAACAGACUAUGGACUUUCUGGUUUUAUUAUUGAAGGUGAUCCAGAUGCCGAAGCUACUCUCAGGCUAAUAUUUGAGCUACAAGAGCCUGAAAUUCAGGAUUUUUCAUCUGAUUUAUCUUCUGAAAAUAGUCAAUCUGGUUUAUUCAAUGAUUUAGAGCAAUUUCACUCGCAUAGAAUGUCUUCUAUUAGCUAUCCUCCGUCUCAUCGUUAUGAUUGUAGCAGCCUCAAACGCAGUAAAAGCUCUCAAUACCCCUCAUCUGUGUCAAGUUUUUCAGCUUUUCACCACCCACCUAUUGUUCAUUCUUUUGAAUUGGAUUUUAAUUCAGAGGUUGAUAACUUGCGUGGUCUUGUUUAUGGAACUGGAGGUGCAUUGCUGAGAACGAUUAGCCGAGUGAUACGUCAGUUGAAUGAGCUUCAUCGCCUCCGGCUAGUAGAUCUUUUUCUUGUUUCCGAUGACGCCAGACAGUUAGUUUGUGAAAUAAGUGAUGUUGCUUCACAUUGUUUAACUGAUCUCAAUCUUGUUCACUUCCAUAAGUCAUCUGUCAAUGCAAUAACCUCAUAUCAUCGUGAGUAUGUGCCGGGUUUUGUAAAUGUUGUCCCUAAUGAACAUGAAGCUGAUAACAAUGUUUCAAAUAACAAUGGCUACCAAUGUUUCGAUGAAGACUGGUACCUUUUGGAUCUUCGUUGGCUUAGUGCUCGAUCUCAGCGGAUCAGCGAUAAUCCUUUAUCUGAUUUAUCUUGUCUUUUCCCUAAAAUUAGACGUCUUACUUUGAGUCCAACUCAGUUAACCGGUCCAAUGCUUCUUCGGCUUUUAUAUCAAACUUCGCUACAUCAAUUAUCUUUAAUUCAAACUGAUUUGACUGUAUUCACCAUUCCUCGUUCUGAAAAUCCUCCUCCUAUUCAACGAACUAUUUCAUAUGAUUCUGACGAUUUAAAUAUGGGCUUUAAUGAAGAUCAAAGUUUUGAUCCCAGUGAUUCAAGUAUGCUAGAUUUGAUUGAUUGGACUGAAGAUAUUCCACGUAUUCGAAGAUAUGGAACUAAUCAAGAUACACCAUCUGGUUGGAAACCGAUACCUCCAAACAUGUGGCAUGCUGCUAUUAUUCUUUGUCCACGUCUUACCAUUCAUUUGAAGUUGGAAUUAGUUGAAGAUUUAACUUGUUUACGGUGGAAAAGUUCUUCAUCAUCCGAUAAAUUCAAUGCAAUUCAUAAUGUACUAUAUUAUUGGCCUGUUCCUCCUGCACCAGUCACUUCAAUCACAUUAAUUCUAACUGGGGAACCUGCAUUUAUGGCUAGGUUAUUAAGUCCACAAAAUGCAAUCAAUCCUAUAUCGUAUUCACAAUCACUUACAUCAUUGAUAAUAUUAUUGGAGCGUGUACCUUCUGAAUUGAAUAUAUCUAGUUCAACUGAACAAUUGAAUGAAUCAUGUAAAGAUAAUCAUUCUUAUGGAUUAGAUCAUGUACUACAAGAUUUGAUUAAAGCCUGUCCACAUCUUAAUCUACUAGCUCUUGGUGGUUCAAGUGUUUAUGUGCAUAUUUUAACUUUAUUGGUAAUAUGUCGUCAGAGAAAUCAAUGUUGUAAUUCUAUGAAUGAAUGUAAAUAUAGUCCAUUACAAUUAUUUAUCCAAAAGGAAUGUUGCCAGUUAGAUGGUGUUUGCCCAUUAAUUGUUCCAGCUACAAUAUCUACAUGGUAUAAUACAAUGAUGACUGAAUCGAUAUCGUCUAGAUUAAGAAUAGCAGAGUGUUGCAUUUGUACUGCAUUGGGUCAACGUCGAUGGCAUUUUUUAACAAAUUCAGAAUUUCAUAAUCAACUUAGUAAUUAUUUGUUAUAA